AUGAACCAAAGUCCGACGAUUCACGUUUCAUUGAAAAGGACUGAAGAGGUUGAUUGGGCAAAUCCAUUAAAACGUUAUAUUCAAACAGCAUAUCAGGAAGAUCCAGAAAAAUAUGCAGAAGAAGCUAAUACAAUUCAUCGUCUAAGGCAAGACAUGAGAGGUGCUGGUAAAGACAUUAUUGGAAGGGAUUUAUUGUAUCGAUAUUAUGGUCAACUUGAAUUACUUGACUUGAGAUUUCCAGUAGAUGAAAACCAUAUUAAAGUCUCAUUCACAUGGUAUGAUGCUUUUACAAAUAAAACAACUUCACAAUUUUCGCUCGCGUAUGAAAAGGCGAGCACAAUUUUCAACCUUGCCUCAGUUUUAUCUGCUAUCGCGGCAUCACAAAAUCGUUCUGAACCCGAAUGUCUUAAACGCGCAUACAAUUUUUUUCAAGCUUCCGCAGGAAUGUAUACCUAUAUAAACGAUAAUUUUUUGCAUGCUCCUUCGACCGAUUUAAGUCGUGAUACCGUAAAAUUGCUUUCUCAACUUAUGUUAACACAAGCUCAAGAAUGUUUUCUUGAACAAAGUUUGGGUGCAAAAAAAAAGCCAGGACUGGUGGCUAAAUUAGCGGCUCAAACUGGUUGGUCUUAUGGAAAUAUUGUUGAAAAUAUGGCAGAUCUGAUUUCAAGAAGCAUAUUUGAUCGGAGUUGGUUGACGGUUUGUCAGAUCAAACAUAAAUAUUUUGCGUCAAUUGCUCAAUAUCAAAAAUCUCUGGCUUGUGAAUUGGAGGGUAAAUAUGGAGAAAGCGUUGGUCGUCUUAUUGUUUCAGAAUCUUUAGCCAAGGAUGCCAAUAAACUUUCCAACAGUUUUUCCUUUUCACCAACUUCGGUUCAGACUCUUCCCCCUGAUGCGGCAACUUCUUUACAAAAUCUUUCAAAAUUGAAUCUGGCUCUUAUAACAGAAAAAAAAAAUUCAGCUACACGGGAUAAUGAAUUGAUAUAUCACGAGGCUGUCCCACAAGAAAAUGUUAUUUCACCAAUUGAUAAAUUAAAUAUUGUUAAUCCCAUGUCAAUACAGGACCUUUAUAAUCAAAAUGAAAUUCAGAAAAUUAUAGGUGUUGAUAUAUUUCAACGUUUGAUUCCAUUAUCAGUUCAUGAAUCUGCUUCUUUAUAUUCAGAGGAGAAAGCUAAAAUAGUUCGUAGUGAGACUGAAAGGUGUGAUCUUUCAAAUGGGGAAUUAGAAGCUGCAUUGGAAUAUAUGAAACUUCCUGGAAUUUUGUUUAAAUUCCUUAACGGUAAUGAUACUAACGAGCUCGCGACUUCUAAUUCAGAAGUCCAACAAUGGGCCGGAUUGAUAAAUGAAAAAGAGGAGAAAGAGACUAUUAAAGAUUUGCUAAUGACUUUGAAUAGUCUAAAAGCCAGUUCAAAUGAAAAGUUAAAUAAAAUAUCUUAUUCAUUAGAAAUCGAAAAACAAGAGUAUGAAGCAAUGAAGGUGAAAUAUGGAGAUUUAUGGACUCAACCUUCAUCAUCAUCGCUUACUACAGUUUUUCGUCAAGAUUUACUUAAUCAUAUGGAUAAACUUGAACAAGCAGAUAAUUCAAAUCGAGAUAUACUUCAAAGAUAUAACCAAGUAACGGAUGGUAUCAUAAAAUUAUGUGAUGAUUCAACGGUCGAUAAUUUCAAGGAAUUAAAUUUGAAUGCAAGUGAAAGUCUCUUGGAUAUCGACAUAUCACAAGAGAAGAAUAUUUCUACAAAAGUUAAUAAAGUUGAAGAAUGUCUAGAUAAUUUGAACAAAGUUAGAAAAGAAAGAAUGGAUACAUUAAAUGAUUUGAAAGACAAGACACACCAAGACGAUAUAUCACAUCUUCUUAUUUUAAAUAAAAAGACACAGAAUAUUGAGCCUCAAUUAUUUGCAACUGAACUUGAAAAAUUCUCGCCUUAUCGAAAUCGCAUAACAUCUAGCAUUCAUCAUCAGCAAGCUUUAUUACAAGAGUUGACCACAUUGUACAAAAAUUUAAUGGAAAGUGAUGAAGCAAGACUAUUGUUGGGGCAGUGGGAUCAGUCAGAGAGAAAAAGGAAAGAUGUUUCUGAAAGAUUAAAUCAAGCAAAGAGCAGUUAUUUAUCAGUAAAAGAUGGGAUGAGAAAUGGCAUCCAGUUUUAUGUUGAUCUUAAUGAUUUAAUUGAGAAUCUUUCAAAAACUGUGCAACAAUUUAUAAAGUCUCGAUUACAAGAACGAAACGAAUUGGCACAUUCUAUACAACUUCAAGAACGAAAUGAAUUGGCACAUUCUAUACAACUUCAAGAACGAAACGAAUUGGCACAUUCUAUACAACAUCAAGAAAAGCCACCUUCAAAUAUUUCAACUAGUAAUUCAUCAUUUGUUGCCUCUUCUAAUGCGUCAAGUACUCCUGUCCAUACAUCAUCACUAUCAUAUGGUAGUUCGUCAGCUCCUCCUAAACCAUCGGCUCCUCCUCCUACAUCUCCCACAUUAUAUUAUCCACCACCUCCACUUCAAAGACCACUUUCUUUUUCAUCGCAAUCUUCUCUUACUUAUAAUUUACCUGUCUCCUCGAGUCAGGCCCCACCUUUACCACCUUUACCAACAGAGUAUAGUCAAAAGAAUAGUUCAUAUCAAACUGAGAUUCAACGAUCAUUUCAAUCCACGUCUCAACCACAACCACAGACACAAGCACCAUCAUUGUCUCAUACUUCAUCUUAUAAUAACCAAUAUCGACCUCACUUGCAAAACACACAACUUCAGCAACAAUCACCUCAACCAAUGCAACCGUCACAACAACAACAACCGCCUCAACCAAUGCAACCAUCACAACAACAACCACCACUUCAACCAAUGCAACCGUCACAACAACAACCUCAAUAUCAGCCAAUGCAACCAUUACGACAGCAACUCCAACAUCAGCUAAUGCAACCAUCGAAACAACAACUCCAACAUCAACCAAUGCAACCGUCACAGAAACAAGUUCAACACCAACCAAUGCAACCGUCACAGCAACAAGUCCAACAUCAACCAAUGCAACCUUCACAGCAACAAGUUCAACACCAACCAAUGCAACCAUCACAGCAACAAGUACAACUUCAACCAAUGCAACCGUCGCAGCAACAAGUUCAACACCAACCGAUGCAAUCACAUCAACAACCUCAACAAUCAUACUCGAAUUUGUAUGGUCCACCACCGGUACCACCACAGCUAUUGUCACAACUACAAUCAUCCAGUUCUAGUGGUUAUGCACCGUUGCCUCCCGGACCUCAACAAUACCAAGUCCCACUUGCACGUCCAAUACAGCAGCAACAGCAACAUCAACAAUAUCCUACCUCUACACCCGUUAUUCAUCCACAACAGCAACAAUAUAUUGUACAACGACCUCAAUAUGUACAACCCUCUCAAGUAGUGUCGUCACAACAACAACCGAAUCCUUAUAAUUCUAAUCCAAUUCCAUCACAAGUUUCAGUACAACAGGGAGGGUAUCAUAAUCAACCUGUUCCUUCACAACUAGGGUAUUAUCAACCAAAAGGAAAAGAUCAAGCUUCUAUUUAA